AUGGCUGCCGUUUCUUGUAGUCUACCCACUGCUUCUGGCUUCACGGUUUCGCGUGAUCGCAUCAGCCCUGCGAGCCGCGUCACGUCCGUUCGGCCACUUACUAGCAUCGCGCCUUUCCGAGUCGCCAGCACAUCAGUGGCUGCGAGGCGGCCACUGGUGGUGGCGGCGACAGCUACUGAGACGAAGACUUCAGGGAAGGUCGACUGGAUAAACAAGCGAAGCUUCCUCGUGAAGAACAAGGUGGUUGGCGUGCAGCCCGCGGAAGCCGCGCGCCUGGCGAAGGAGGAGGGCCACGUCAUCAUUGACGUCAGAACAGUGGCGGAGUACAACGAGGUGCACCCCGAGGGCGCGGUGGGCGUGGAGUUCUACCGGCUGAUCAAGGAGUGGACGCCGUACCACGUGCUGCGCCGCGCCGCCUUCGCCUUCUUUGGCGUGCUCAACGGCACCGAGGAGAACCCCGAGUUCCUCAAACAGGUGGAGGCAGCAGUUCCGGACAAGGAGACCCCAAUCAUCCUUGCGUGCAUGCCGGGCGGCACACUCAAGCCCACCCAGAACUUCCCGUACGGCAAGGAGUCGAGGUCUUUAAAUGCCGCUAAUGUGCUUGUGAAAAAUGGGUACAAGAAUGUUCGCCACAUCGAGGGUGGGGUGUACGACUACCUGAAAGCGAACCUCCCAGUGGAAUAUGUUGAGUGA